AUGCAUCAUUCUAUACCGCAUUGGCACUUAUCAUCAGGCGAAGAAACGGAACACGCUAGUACGGAACGAAAAGCGGUUUGCGAAAUAACGCAAAACGACAACGGAGACGAAAUAUUCAAGUGCCUCGCUUGCGGAGGGACGUACAACGCCAAGCACCGCUUCACGGAACACUACAAACACAUGCACAUGAAACUUAAGAACAAGACUUUUCCUUGUAAAGUCUGUGGCAUACCACUACUUCCUCACAGGAGAUAUGCCCAUUUGGAAACCGCCCACGGCCACCCAGCCCCCACAUGUAACAUCUGUGGGAGAAAAUUCUCCGCGCCACACUUGGUGUUGCGUCAUCAGAGACAAACUCACAUGGGUGAAAGGAACUACAAAUGUGAUAUUUGCAGUAAAAUGUUCUUCAAUAGAACGCAUUUGAAGAAGCAUCAAAUAACCCACUCGGAUGUGAGGGAGUACGCAUGCGCUGUGUGCGAAUCCUUACGAUAUCUUUCUCUUCUAGGUCCUAAUCGCGAAGAGGCUCUCAUUAGUAACGAAUCUCAGUUCUGCAACGUCCUCAUCACUCGGGAAGGCGAGAAAAAAUACGCCUGCACUCUUUGCGUUAAACAAUUCGACAUUCGUAAGAGCUUGAACGCGCACUACAAGACCGUGCACUUGCGAUUGUAUCCAACGAAAAAAACGCACCCAUGCGUCAUUUGCAAAGAAGAAGUAAUACCCAGAAACAGAUGGAGGCAUAUGGAGGAACGCCACGGGUGGAACGCCCCGACUUGCCCCGACUGCGGCCGAAAAUUCUCCUACCCUUUCCAAGUGCCCGUACAUCAGAGAGAGGUCCACAACCCACUGGAGAACCUCACAUAUGUAUGCGAGCACUGCGGUGACCAGUUUCCCAGCAUGCCAAGGCUAAGGCAGCACGAAAUUAAGCAUUUAGAUGUAAAGAAUUACAAAUGUGACCAAUGCCCAAAGGCAUUUAAAACUAUUACUUAUUUGAAACAACAUAUGGUUCGACAUUCGGGUGUCAAAGGACAUAUCUGUGACGAGUGUGGCGCGGCCUUCUAUAACUACAAGGAUUUGUACUCGCACGUCACUGGAACUCAUGCUACUGAGAAGAAUUUCAAAUGCCAGUUCUGCUCCAAAUGCUUCAAAACUCGAAGACUGUUGAAUGUCCACGAGAAGAUACACACGGGAGAUAAAAAACACAAGUGCCCUGUGUGUGAAAAAGCGUAUGUGCAGUCAAACAAUUUGAAGUAUCACAUUAGAAGCCAUCAUCCGGAAAAACUUAUUGAAACUGAAAAGCAACCAAAAUAA